AUGUCUAAGCGCGAUCGUGACGGCAACAUGCGGACUCAUGAGGCCAAGCAGAAGCCUGCUGCGCCCGUGACGCAGUUCACGCCCAUGUUCUCAAAGUUCCGCGAUGAGCUGGACGAGCACCACGAUCGCAGGGAGCGCAUUAUCAAGGCGUCGAGAGACGUCACUGCCUUGAGCAAGAAGAUAGUCAACAAGCUGGGAGAGCUCCCUAACUUCGCGACGAAGGAGAUCACCACACGCAUGGAGGAGAUCAAAAACCACCUCACCGCCAUCGAGGGCGAUAUUCAAGGCAUCAAUCGCUACCGCUACGCUUACUCUCUCCGCUGUCUCGAGGAGCUCGUCGAGGCUCUUUCAUUCUCGCACUACCUGCGGACCCAGACCCUGAUCAGUCCCGAGGAAACCGCGGCUGCGGUGCCCGCCAACGUCUCGUUGACAGAGAACGACUACAUGUACGGUCUCUUCGACCUGUUCGGCGAGAUGAUGCGCUUCGCCACCGUCACCACAGCUCAAACAGGCCAGCUGGCCGGCAUGGAGGGCCGCAACAUCCUGAUGGAUAUCCACGAGUUGAGCAGUUGCUUCGAGAUUCUGCCAGAGAUACCUACCAGAGACUUCAGAGGGAAGAUGGAAGUUAUGCGGCAGUCGGUGCGCAAGGUGGAGAAGCUGGGCUACGGCUUGGCGAUUCGGGGUACGGAGAGACCGAAGGGCUGGGUACCCGACAUGAAGGAGGACUUCGAUCCGUCUUCAUUGGAGUGA